CGGAAAACCAAACCGGCCGGCAAAUAACGACGGAGGACUUGGGUAUAUUUCUUGGUCGCAAAGAGGACUCGGCUGAUUUUGAACCGGUCAAUGAUGAACAGAUUCUGGUCAAAAAAACAAUUCUUUUAAUCAAACAAAUCUAUACCAUUGAUGAAUCGUACAAUAACAAACAACUCGGUGAAGUUCUCUACCUGAAUCGUCUUCUUCGAUAAUCUCCCUCUUGUUUCAAUCAAGAAUGAUUGACUUAUCUACUUUAUCUCCUGCGGAGAUCACGGUGAUGGGAUCCGUGUUCUGUGUUUUGCUCUCGAUGCACUUCACUAUGCAGCUUGUAUCCCAGCAUCUGUUUUACUGGAAGAAACCUAAUGAACAGAGAGCCAUUCUUAUUAUUGUGCUUAUGGCUCCUGUUUACGCUAUCAACUCUUUUGUGGGCUUGUUAGAUGCUAAAGGAAGCAAACCUUUCUUCAUGUUUCUAGACGCCGUUAAGGAAUGCUAUGAGGCACUUGUCAUUGCUAAAUUCUUGGCUUUGAUGUAUAGUUAUGUAAACAUAUCGAUGAGUGCACGGAUUAUCCCAGAUGAAUUCAAAGGGCGAGAAAUCCACCAUUCGUUUCCAAUGACUCUUUUCGUGCCCCGUACCACACAUCUGGAUUACCUCACACUGAAACAGCUCAAGCAAUGGACAUGGCAGUUUUGUAUUAUCCGCCCAGUGUGUUCCAUCUUGAUGAUAACAUUACAGAUCCUUGGGAUUUAUCCAGUUUGGUUGAGCUGGAUCUUCACUGCUAUUCUCAAUGUUUCGGUUUCCCUGGCGUUGUAUUCUUUGGUGAAAUUCUACCAUGUUUUUGCUAAAGAGUUGGAGCCUCAUAAGCCUCUUACAAAGUUCAUGUGCGUCAAAGGGAUAGUGUUCUUCUGCUUUUGGCAGGGAAUAGUCCUGAAGAUAUUGGUGGGAUUGGGAUUAAUUAAGUCGCAUCAUUUCUGGUUGGAGGUGGAUCAGCUUGAAGAAGCUCUGCAAAAUGUGCUUGUAUGUCUUGAGAUGAUCGUCUUCUCCAUCAUUCAACAGUACGCUUUUCACGUUGCUCCUUACAGUGGAGAAACUGAAGCUAAGAUGAGAUUCAACAAGAGAGAUUGAUUCUGAGAGUGCAGACUCUUUCCAAAUUUAGACCAGAGAAGAUCUUAUCUUCUUCUUUUUUUGGUUAAUGUGAAUGUUAAUGUUGUUAUGUUACCACUACCAUCGUGAUUGAUAAUGUACCUUUGUUUAUUUGUUUUCCUAUUUUAGGAAAGAAAGAGCAUUAUAAAGUAGAUUGAAUUAUAGUGUUCCCAUUAACUAA